AUGUCCUCUCCACCCUGGCUUCGCAGCCUCAAUCUCAUUGUCAGCACUCCCGAGAACGCGUUGAUUUGCACAUUGUGUCGACGAGCGUUACGCGUACAUCCGCGCCUCGUCCAGCAACAUCUUACCGAAGCCCACUCAAUUAGUGCUAGCCGGCAGACUCAAGUGCCUGACCUCGGGACUCUUCUCUUGACUGACAUUUCUGAGCUUUCCGCUCGCGCCGAUUUCUGCCCCGAGGACCCCAGCCUCACCACAACACCCGGGUUUGCGUGCGGACAUUGUUCCAGCCGGACCACCAGCCAACAACUUCUCAGGCGCCAUCUUUCUAGCCAGCAUAACAUCAAGCACCUCGACACCAUCGCCGACCGCGACUAUCGACCGGUUUCUCUUCAGCAGUGGACCACGUCAGGCUCAGCCGGGCGGCAAUACUGGAUUGUAUUGGCGAUUCCUCGCGCCGUUACACUCACUCCGUUACCGACUUAUCGUAAGCGAAAGCGUCCUCUCCCUCUGAGCCACCGCAAGUGUUGA